AUGCGAGUCUCGGCGGCGGUUGCGCAGCUGUCAGCACUGUCAAGCUCCCCAGUCGCUGCGCAGUACUACACCAACACCACGACUGCUCCCGUAGGCGCAGCCACUCCCUACCAGGUGCAGACCCCGCCGCUCGACACGCCAUGGACGUACGAGGUCGGCACCCAUCCGUGGCCGCAGUACCCGCGGCCCCAGCUGUGUCGUGAGGCCUGGAAGAACCUAAACGGAAUCUGGACCUUUGAGCCCGCACCCGCCUUCGCCGCCGAGGUGCCCGCCGUGCCCUCUGGGCCGCUGGCACAGGAAGUGCUGAUCCCGUCGUGCAUCGAGAGCGGCCUGUCGGGCAUCCAGGACCUCAACACCACCAACAUGUGGUUCGCUACCUCCUUCACCGUGCCCUCGGACUGGAGCGGCCAGAGCGUGCUGCUCAAUUUCGAGGCCGUCGACUACGAGGCCACCGUCUUCAUCAACGGGCAGCAGGCGGGCUUCCACCGCGGCGGCUACUUCCGCUUCACCGUCGACGCCACGCAAUAUGUCAAUUUCAACGGUACCAACCAAUUGCACGUUUACGUGUUCGACCCGACGGAUGCGCCCGGCUACGAGAUCGCAAGGGGCAAGCAGACCCGGAACCCCAGCCACAUCUUCUACAGGCCCUGCAGCGGCAUCUGGCAGACCGUGUGGCUCGAGCCCGCCCCCGCCGCUCACAUCACCCGUUUGGACGUCUCCGCCGGUGCCGACGGCAACGUCAAUGUCACCGUCUUCAGCUCCACCAACAGCUCUCAACCGGUUGAGUUCACCAUCCUGCAGGACGGCAAGGAGAUCGCAAAGCAAUCGGGCACGUCGGGCUCAUCGUUCGACCUGUCAGUCGACUCGCCUGCGCUGUGGAGCCCGGACUCGCCUAACCUGUACAACAUCACGGUGACGCUCGGCGACGACGUCGUCUCGAGCUACACGGGCUUCCGCACCAUCACCACCGGCACCGUCGACGGCGUGCGCCGCCCGCUCCUCAACGGCGAGUUCGUCUUCCAAUUCGGUACCCUCGACCAGGGAUUCUGGCCCGAUGGCUUGUAUGUACCGCCCACUCUCGAGGCCAUGGUGUUCGACCUCCACCUUCUGAAGGGACUCGGCAUGAACAUGGUCCGCAAGCACAUCAAGGUCGAGCCCGACCUCUUCUACCAUGCCUGUGACACGAUUGGCCUCAUGGUCAUCCAGGACAUGCCCAGCAUGCUCCCGGACAGCGGUGAAGUAAAUGCGGCCCAGCAGGCCGAGUGGGAGCGCGAGCUGCACAUCCUGGUCCAGGAGCACAAGAGCUACACGUCCAUCGUCACCUGGGUCAUCUACAACGAAGGCUGGGGCCAAAUCACAAGCUACUACCCCGAAUUCGCCAUCGCCGACUGGAUCCACGCCGAGGACCCCUCGCGCCUCAUCGACGCCACCAGCGGCUGGUACGACCACGGCGCGGGCGACUUCUCCGACAACCACCACUACGCGACUCCGCAAUGCGGCUCGCCCUUCUACUCGAUCCCGUCCUCGCCCUACGACCCCAACCGCAUCGGCUUCCAAGGCGAAUUCGGCGGCAUCGGCCACAACGUCUCCAUCGAGCACCUCUGGAACGUGCAAGAAGCCAUCAACACCAUCAACCAAACGUACGAAAUCUCGGAGAACCUCGACGCGUACAACUAUCGCGCGCGCGUCCUCUUCUCCGAGCUCGAAGACCAGGUCCAGAUGUACGCGUGCAGCGGCGCCGUGUGGACGCAGACGACCGACGUCGAGGGCGAGGUCAACGGCCUCGUCACCUACGACAGGCGCUUGCAGCGCGCCGACGAGGCCCAGUGGCGGAAGGACAUCCAGUCGUUGUACAGCGCCGCGGCGGGCAGAGGCGGCGCGGGCGGUAACGGGACGAAUGCGAGGGGUUAA